GUUUGCUUAUCAAUAAUUCUCAGUAGUGUGCACUAUGAUUUCGUUCCAUUCCUUUACCUAAGUUCAAUUGUUCUUCUGUUUAGAAUGCCAUAUUUAGAUGCAUUUUUUAUGUCAGUGCAUCUUUCUCAAAUUGUUUCGUUUUUUCGACAAACCGCCAGUAUUUCUGUGAACUACUAUAUGCUAGUUUUGCAACAUUGCUAGAACAGCCAAUUUGUACAUGGUAUAAGACAUGAGUAGAAAAAAAUAAUGAGAUUUAAACCAAAUGAAAAGCUCUUAAGGACAAGUGCUGUGGUAGGAAUAGCGAUGAGCCAGUAAACUCUUGACUUUACCAAACACAUUUAUAACCAAAGGGCCCCGAAGCUUUUUUUUCUAAACUUUUUUGAGGACAUUUCAUUUUUUAUUGAAUUGUAGAUGAACAAUUAUCAAAUAAAGCAUUGGCGAGAAAAGACAAAACACUACCUUCUAAAAAGAAGGUAUGAGGAUGCCCUUGCGUAUAUAACAUCAUGCAUCGAGCAAGAACCUAAUCCAGUUAUUGAUCUAUUUGAAAUUAGGGCAAUUGUACUGAAAGAGAUGGGUUUGUAUGAGGAAGCCCAAGCCGAUGCUCAAAGGAUGAUAAACCUAAAUCAAAGAAAUGCAAGAGGCUAUUUACGCUUGGCUCAACUGCUUCAGUACGAUGGUUUUAAUUCGAAAGCUGAUCAUGUAUAUAUGCAAGGCUUAAAAUAUGUUCAUAAACUUGACCCGAUGAGACAAAAACUGAAAAUAGCUAGCACUCAAUUAUUACAACGUAUGCAGAAAACUAGGCCAGUUCAAGAUCUGUUUUCUUUACUACCUCGGGAAAUACUCUUAAACAUUUUUCAGUAUGUGGAGUUUCGGACGAUAGUGCGUUGCAUGCAGGUUUCAAAAAAUUGGAAGGAUUCAAUCAAAAGGGAAUUUUCUUUUUUUAGUAAACUAGAUUUUUCUGAGGCAUCUUCACGAAGCAGCAAAUUUAGAGAUCGCAAUGUCAUGACGGUAGCUCGCUAUUCUGCAUAUGCAAAAAACAAUAUACAAGAAGUCAUUGGCUUGGAGAAAUUAGGUAUUCUAACCCCUACCAAGGGCUUGCUACGAUGCGUGAAUUCUAUACACACUUACAAAACUAUUUCACCUUUAAAUCUCCCACAUUUAAUGCCCAAAAUGCACCUAAUAUGGUCGCCGUUUAUCGAAUUGAAAUAUUUUUUUUGUGCUACUUCUGUCACAUUUUCUACUGUUUCUAAGGUCAUCUUAGCUUGCAAGAAGUUAGAGCGGUUGGAAUUGGCUGAUGUUGUUCCCGAUUUGCUUUUUGAUGAUAUGGACUGGGAUAAGCGAUUUGACAAAAAGCAUAGUGUCUUGCAUCUAAAAAGCUUACAGUUUAUAAGAAAUCAAAUCCAUCCAUUUCACGAGAAAGAGCAAGAGUUUCUUGCUAGCUUAAUUUCUUGUAGCCCCAAUUUGCAAGAGCUCGUGGUUACUUAUCAGUCGAAUCUCAUAUCUACUUUAAAAGAAAAUAAGCAGGAUCUAAAGCAUUUACAUAUAAUUGACGAUACAAAGCAAAAAUCUAUAAGAGAUAUAUUUUACUUACCCUCUUCUUUGGAAAACUUAUCUAUCAUACCUUCUACCCCUUCUAUGACAAUUGCUUCAGCAUAUUUAUUCUCUAUAGCUAAUGUUCCUACUUCACUUAAAAGUGUUGAGUUAAGCUUGUUUAUUCGACUGACAGAUCAGGAAAUUGAAAACACAGUGAAAUUUUUGGUUUCUAGUCCUAACCUAAGGUCAUUAAUUUUACGUGAUUCAUUACCAAUUUCCUCCAAGUUUAUGGAGUUAUUCACAUAUCUUCCGCAUUUAGAAGUUUUGGACCUAUCCGAUAAUGCUGAACUAAAUAACGAUCAUCUUUCCCAUAUAGUGGCUUGCUGCCCGAAGUUAGAAGUUCUCAACCUUUCAAAUUGUAUCUCUGUAACAGGUUCAGGAUUUGUUAGUCUUCUAAGAGGUCUCGCAUUGUUGAAAAGAGUUGAGAUAGUUAAUUGUAGUUCUGUAUCAAAAGAUGCAAUCGAUGCUGCACGAGCUAAAGGCAUUGAAGUUACCGUUUCAAAUCAGCAAAAUGCAUCCUUGAAAGGCACAAAACGAAUUCGGCUUAUUUAACUCUUUCUUUUCUGAUGGUUUAAUGAGGUUAUAUAGACAUUUCAUGAGGCAAUAAUUAAGCGUUUUGAGUUUAUUGGUUUUGCUAGUACAGUCUUCCUGUUUAGGCAAUGGAGUGUGAAAAUGAAAAAUAUUGCAAAUGUAGGUUUCUUAACUAGACAGUAUUCUCAUUGAACCUACAAAUCUCAUUUACAUUCUUGUCCAGUGAAACGGAUUAAGAUUGCCUAUUUACACCAAUUUUCUACUUACAUUUCCGCAAACUAUAGUAUAAAGGAAUUAAGUUAUAUUUAUUAAUCCAACAUAAAAAUUCGUUAUUACCAAAAAGAUAUAAGUCCCUUAUCAAAAAUAUAAUAC